CACCAUUUCUCAAAGACAAGAACAUCAAUUUCACAAAUCAACAUAUAUACCCACCACAAGGAGAUCAUUGUUCGUGCGCUUUUCAUUCUUAGCGCACUGCUAGCUUUGCGAACGUAACAAGUCUCUCACCGGGAGGACAGAACCCAGAGCAAUGGCGUCAACUGUAGCGGUUGGCGUAGGCAUCGCCGCCGCAGCUUUCUUCGGCCGCGCUGGACUUGUGGCUUUCCGCCGCUGGCGCAAUCCGAGCGCCGUAAACGCCCUCGGCCGUGCAUUUUACAAAGGCGGCUUCGAAUCGAAAAUGACGAAGAAAGAAGCAUCAUUAAUACUGGAUCUGAGCGAAAGAACCUUGACGAAAGAUAAAAUCCGGAAGAAUCACAGAGCCUUGAUGCUGGCGAACCAUCCCGACAGAGGAGGGAGUCCAUAUUUGGCCAGUAAAGUCAACGAAGCAAAAGAAUUCCUAGAACGGAAUGGGUGAAGAUGUUACGGAGAUAAUAUUGAUUCUGGGGCAAUGUCAUAAUCAUAGCAUAUGGUUUGGCAGAAAGAUUGACCACCUUGUCUAGAAGACGAGGAUUGACCUGCGAACGGAAAAGACUUCGAAUGGGGCAAGUCAAGCAGUUGCUCUACUGCUUUUCAGCGUUUGGCAUAGCGAUGGCGUUCAAUGGGUGGCUUUCAAUGAUGCGCCGGGAUUGUUUCCCACCAGUCCUGAAGGUUGAUGUUGACAUUUCAGGGACCGAAGUGCUUCAAGAUGCCUUUUUUUCAGAUCUCCUCUCGAAUUCGGCGAUUCUACGGAGCGUUUCUUAGGAAGGACGACUGGGCUGCGCAAAUCUCAAAAGAUCUAGCACGCUCCAAAAGGAUUGUUGUGUUAUUUCUCACAAAGUCUCGCACAGAGCCUGGCCCUCGAGACUGAAAUCUUGAGCGAGAACCAUCCGUGUAUAUAAUGUACAAUAUGAAACAAAAAUGCACAAUCGAUGCUUUGUUGUUCUUGAUAGGGCAAAAAAAAUGGUGAACGCUCCGCAAUGUUUUACCGUCCCAACC